GUAUGAAAAACAUCCCAGAGAACUCAGCCAAGCCAACCUUAACUAUUAAGACCUUUAAUGGAGAGCCCCAUACCUUUGAAGACUUCCCGCUUUCUGACAUAGAGGGCUGGACUGGAGCCACUGCAACUGUAAAACUGAGAUGCCCCGAGGGGAGUAUUUCAACUCUCCGUGUGAACAAUGCUACCAUGGGGUACUUGAGAAGCUCCUUAAGUACCAAACUGAUACCGGCCAUCUAUAUCCUGGUGUUUGUGGUUGGUGUGCCAGCGAACAUUGUGACCCUUUGGAAACUCUCCACAAGGACCAAAUCUAUCUGUCUGGUCAUCUUCCACACCAACCUGGCCAUCGCAGACCUCCUCUUCUGUGUCACGCUGCCAUUUAAGGUUGCCUACCAUCUCAACGGGAACAACUGGGUGUUUGGAGAGGCCAUGUGCCGGAUCACCACAGUCAUCUUCUAUGGCAACAUGUACUGCUCCAUUCUGAUCCUCACCUGCAUGGGCGUCAACCGCUACCUGGCCACCGUCCAUCCUUUCAUGUACCGGAAGCUGCCCAAACGCAACUUCGCUUUGCUCAUGUGUGGCUUGGUGUGGGUGAUGGUUUUCUUAUACAUGCUGCCCUUUGCCAUCCUGCAGCAGGAGUACCAUCUCGUCCAGCCAGAGAUCACCACCUGUCAUGAUGUCCACAACACAUGCGAGUCCCCGUCUCCCUUCCAGUUCUAUUACUUCAUCUCCUUAGCGUUUUUUGGAUUCCUCGUUCCCUUUGUGGUCAUUGUCUACUGCUAUACAACUCUCAUCCGCAAACUUAACGCCCAGGACCGCAGAUGGCUGAGGUACAUCAAGGCAAUUCUCCUCAUCCUUGUGAUUUUUACAAUUUGCUUUGCUCCUACCAACAUUAUACUCAUAGUCCACCACGCCAACUACUAUUACAACCACACUGAUAGCUUGUACUUUAUGUAUCUGAUAGCUCUGUGCCUGGGUAGCCUGAACAGCUGCCUAGAUCCAUUCCUUUAUUUUGUCAUGUCAAAAAUUGUAGACCAGCUUACUUCUUAG